AUGGACCCCGUGACAGCCGUGGCACUCGCAGGCAACUUGCUACAAUUUACCCAAUUCGUUGUGGGCCUUUUCAAUGACGCCCGAAAACUACAUGCAUCCGCCACAGGGACCAGUAGCAACAAUAACCACAUUCAAGAUGUUUGCGGGAUGCUCAUCGACUUCGAUGGGAAUUUUCAGCAACCCCAGUCGGUUUCGUCGACGAACACCAGCAAAGCUAUAUCCAGACAUGGAAAACAGCUUGCCGACUUCGCAAACACCUGCAAACAGGACUGCGAAGUCCUUCUUGGAAAGAUGAACAAGCUGAAGGUCAUUGGGGCAAAGGGCCCGAAGCACUGGAGCAGCUUUCGAGCUGCCCUUUCCGAAGUCUGGCAAUCGAGCGAAAUUGAGGAAUACAGGACGCGAAUUGCCGAUCGCCAACGCGCGAUGACUCUCUUGCUGUGCGCAGCAUCAAACGAAAGCAUAUCGGCUCUCCAAGAUGAUGUUCAACGUCUUGGUAGAGGGAUCUGGACGCUUCACAGCGAUUCUAGAUUGGGCGCCAUGAUCGAAGAAAUUAGGAAGCUCGGAAACUACAUUCGGCAGCAGGACCCGAAGACAACUAUACCGGUAGAUAUCGACACAAUCUGCUCAAGCGUCUCAAAGAUGUCGCUUGAAACCCGAGUCUUCGAGAGGGAAGCCCAAGUGCUAGCCAAGCUCAACUAUAUGGACCGGACAAGCAGAUAUGAGAGGAUACCUGAAGCUCAUUUUACAACCUUCAAGUGGAGCUUGAGGAAAACAGAGCAGACUGGGGUCAUGUAUAGCAAGCUGCGACAUUGGCUCAGGGGUAAAGACACACUCUUUUGGGUCUCUGGAAAGCCCGGGUCAGGAAAGUCGACCUUUAUGAAACACAUCGCGGACAACAAAGAUACGAGGGAGUGCCUGAAGACGUGGGCCGGAACGCGGAAGCUCCUUGUCGUCAGCCACUACUUUACGAUAUACGGCACGCCGAUUCAACGGUCACUAGAAGGCCUUUUGCGAUCUCUCCUAUUCGGUGUAUUAGUAAGGAAGCCGGCGCUCAUUUCAAAGAUUAUACCAGACGGCUGGGGGACGUCCUCGGCAGCACCACGUCAAUCUGAGUUCGAAAACUUUCUCAGACUCCUUGGGGUUCAUCUCGAUGAGCUAUCAUGCAAGAUCAUCUUCUUUAUAGACGGCUUGGAUGAAUUCGAAGGCGACCACAUCGAUGUCUGCGAAACGCUCAAAGAACUAUCUCGAAGCCCUUCUAUAAAGAUGUGCGUCUCGAGCAGACCGUGGAACGUCUUCGAAGACGCACUCGGGGAAAAUUCGGACUCGAAGCUCUAUAUGCAUGAGCUUACCUACAACGACAUUCUUGACUAUACGGCAAACCGUCUCCAAGCGCAUCCUAGGUGGAAGGUUCUUCUGGAAGAGUUCAGUUUCGUUUCAUCAAUGUCCCUCAUCGAGGAGGUUGCAUUCAAGUCCAAGGGUGUCUUUCUCUGGGUCACGCUCGUAGUCCGGCUGCUACGAGAGGGCCUUACAAACGACGACAGCCUAUCAGAUCUACAGAGACGCUUGGAAACCUUUCCAGAGGAUCUUCAAGAGUUUUUCAGGCAUAUAAUAAAAAGUGUGGACCCAUUCUAUAACGAGAAGAUGGCCGGGACGCUGUCGCUCGCGCUUCAAGCACAGGGACCUCUGCGCAUAGAGAUCUUCUCCCUCCAUGAUUUCGAGUACGGCAACGAGAACUACGCAUUUAAAGACAUCGCACAUACAAAGCUCAUGCCCACAGAUCCCGAGGUUCUCGAGAAGAUCUACCGCUCAGUUUCACGACGUAUCAACGGGCGUUGUAAAGGCCUUUUGGAACGCAACGGCGACCGCAUGGAGUUUCUUCACAGAACCGUCUACGACUUUCUCCGCACUGGCGAAAUGGAUGAUUUCCUGAGAGAACACACGAAGAAUAGCCAUUGCUUUAGUCUAUCGCUAUUCAAGGCAUUUGUGGCGUGGAUAAAAACAUCCACCUUUGCUAGCGAAACUUCUUCGCCGUCCAAAAAUCCCACAUCAGAAGUUGCGGGUUUUAUUCCGAGGCUGAAACAAGGUCUUUCAUACGCGCGUCUUGCUACAAUGCAAGGCGAAAGCUCGGAAGCACUUACGGCAGCGCUUUUAGAUAAUCUGGAAAACAGCUUGCCUCGGAUGCUUUCGCGGGGACAAGUCAAAUUGACCGACCCCUCUUUUGCAACUACGAUCUUUCGCCAUUGUGUUUUAGAAGCUGGAAUCCUGGGUUAUAUCCGAAGGAAGCUUUCAGUAAGCCACGAAUACCUUAUGGGCACCUACGCGAGCCGAGUCCAGUCUCCCCUUUAUCCGAUACUCGACCCGUGUCACACUUUGGCCAAUACAGACCAGUGUUGGAUCCUCAAGAAGCUGUUGGAGAGCGGCUAUGACCCUAACAGCCAUAUUAUGGGACUCAAGGCAAAAUAUCACUUUCAAAGUCCUUGGGAAUUUUUGUUUUGUCGUCGUAGGGAAAAGGUUAACCCCACCGUUGAGCCGGAUACGCAAUGGUGGCAGAAGGAUGAUGACUUGCUCGCCUUGGCAGAAAAUCGCAUUCUACUUACGCUGCUCGAACACGGAGCGAAUCCAGUCGCAACGGCCAUCGAGUUCGACGAGAAUGAAAGAUUGGAGAUGCCGAUUUGGCUCAGGUUCUUUAUCACGAUACGCCGUGUGCACCUGCUCAAACAACCAACAGUGUACGAGGAGACUCUAUUUGCAAUGCUGAAUGAUUUAGAGACGCUCGAAAAUAUCACUGUGGCCAGAGAGUCGCACUCAAAAACCCUCGGAGGAAUCAUGAGGCAAGAGAAGGUCAACUUUUGGGACGUGUGCCAGUCUUGGGCCAAGUUCUUACUGCCUACAACGACAGGUUCUUGCGGCGAUGAGUUCCUUACAAGAGUUUUUGCACGCGUCUUGGCUAAGAUCCCCGCUGUACAUGAGUCGUUUAGAAAGGCUGAAGCCUGGUGCAAGACGGUAUUAUCAGCCAAUGCUGCUGACGAGCUUGAAGCCAUGGUUCUUGGAUAA